UGCGGAUUUUCGCACGCGCGUAGCCGCAGCAAGCUCGCGAUCCUCGUUACGCGAACUUUUCAUAAACAAACAUUUUUGAAGUGGUUUGUGUGUGAUUUAGUGUUAAAUUUUAGAUAACCACACAUUCAGAAAACAUGGCAUGUGCACACCCCGCAUGCUAAACUGCGAAACCGACUCCGACACGACCAUCGACUGCAAAUGAGUGAUUGAAUUUAGACAAAAUGGAGACAUUGUCAACGCUAGCUACUUUUGCGACCGGGUUCGACAUAGAGAACACAACCGCGACGCUCAACGCAACGAAUAUUAGUACAAUCGCGCCCGCCGUGUCUUCGGCGCCGAAGGGGAAGGUGUUUGGAGUGGUCCUGAAAGUGGUGUAUGCGAUAGGUAUAAUCGGAAAUGCAGCAGCGAUCAUAGCGCUGCGGCGCGGCGAGAGGAGAGUCAGGAACCGAAAGCAUCUGCUGCUGCUGACGUCACUGGCUGCGAAUGAUCUUGUCGCUUUGGUGGGCAUGAUGCUGGCCAUGGUACUGGCAGAGCACGUGCCGGGCGUGCGCGACACGCGGCUGCACUGCGCCGCGCGCGUCGUGCUGCGCGUGUUCGGCGUCGGCAGCGUCUGCAUCGCCGUCACCAUGGCACUCGAGCGGUACCUCGCACUCACCAGGCCCUUCCUCUACCAAAAGGUCAGUGCAAUUAAUACUUUAAUGUAAUGAUAUAGGACAGAUUUUUAUGUGACAAUGUUUU